UAUACUAGCAUGAUGAUCGCUUGUACCUCUUACCUUGACUGUUGGCGACCCCGGCGUUCUCUUACUUGCUGUUCGCGCAUUUGUCCUCCUCGCCAAGGAGCACUUCACUGGCUGUGCAGGCUCCAAUAUAAAGUCAAACACCCCUCCUAGAUCUGACCCACACCCCCAACACACUGCAACAGGUAUCCGCCUGGCAUAUUUCGCCAACGAUAUGGCCGACUACGCUUUCAGCUCUGACAAUGCUGAUCCCGUGGACGACACAGCGUUUGACGAUGGGAUGGAGACGGCCUCUAAUAAUGACCCAGACGACGAAGUAGACGACGAAGUGGAUGAUCCCACCUUCCUGGACAUGAACGAUGCAAGUGCUGAUUGCGCCCCCUAGAGAUAGUCACUGACGGAUGCAGGGUGAUGACGAAGACUUCGAGCUUGAUGGCGUCGAUAGUCUUGGUCUCCCGGAAGAUGAGGAGAAUAAGCACGACAGUGACGAUAACGACAACACUCUAGCCAGCAAGAAGCUCAAGCGCAAGCGCGCCGCCUCUGAUACCGGUGAUGGAGAGCUGAAUCACUCCAAGCACACCGAUGCCCGCAUCAAGGCUGAAGGCGGUGAAGCCUUCAUUCUUGAAGACGGGACUUCCUCGCUUUCUAACUCGAAGAGCUCUCGCGUGUUCGGCACGUUCGGUCGCCGCGAUCGUGAGAAGGGUGAAAGUCUGCCUGCCUACCACAAGAGGGUGACUGCCAAGCUCGACGACGAUGAUGCGCUCAUGCUUGAGAUGCGCGAGAAGGGUUUCAGUGACCGCCAAAUCGCCGAGAAGCUUGCAAAAGACGGCCGCGUUCGCUAUGAUCAGAAGUCCAUCUCUACGCGUAUCAUGCGCAUACGUCUUGCUCAGGCUGAGAACGUCGAUUACCUUCUGAAUGAGGGUCUCAAAGAGUGGGAGAUGGAAGACGACCAACGCCUCGCUGAAGCAUACGCUCUGGCUGACAUCGAGAUCAGCUAUGAGAUCGAACGCAUCCGUGCUUGGCGUUUCCGCAAAGUAUCUGAGUAUAUGCGUCGUCUGAAGAAGGACUCUCUCUUCUCCGCCAACGCCUGCCGUACCCGUUACGGUCAGCUCACAUCAGGUACCGCUCGCAUUCCUUGCGAUGUAGACGAUGACCCAGCAGCUCGCCGUACCGAGCUCGAACUCUUCCGCCAGUUCCGCGAAGCAGCCCGCGACAAAGAAGAGAACGAGAAGGAGACGCGUGAAUCCAUGGAGAAGCGAAUCAAAGACCAAGUCAAGAUCAAAAACGCCCAAAAGGCCGAAGAAGUCGCCAGCAAGCGCGCCGCAGACGAAGAAAAGAAGGCCCAGAACCUCAUGCAGCGCGCUGCCCAGGCCCAGCUACGUUUCCAGAAGGCAGCCGAGAACCGCAAGGCCAAGUCGGAGCGCAACGCGCAGAUCAAACAGGCUGCCUCCACGCCCAAGAAGAAUUCCAAGAAACCGAAGCCGGACACCUCUCUCGGAUCCUCCAAAGCCCCAACGCCGAAGACGACACCCUCCAAGCCCGGCAAGGAAGACUCCGAGGCCGUCGACCCGCGCUCCUACCUCAACAUCUCCGACCUGACUAGCCUCUGCGCCAAGCGCGGCCUGCCCACCUCCAACAAGAGCAAGAAGGACCUCAUCGCCUCGCUCGUUGAUGCGGAUAUGGAGUGGAGCCACGACCAGCUGCGCAAGAUGUGCAAGGCGAAAGGGCUGAGCGCAGGCGGAAACAAGACUGUUAUGCGCUACCAGCUUGCUCUCAAGGCGGCACAGAGCUGCCCUAGCUUCGAGACGGGUAUGAAGGCGGUGGAGGAGGCGGAGGAUGAGGGUGGCGAUGCUAUGGUUGUAGACGCCGAGUAGGCGCACAGUCGUAUGGUGGUGAGGGCGGGAAUCAUCUGCAGCCGUUUUGACUGCUUUUGGGAUGGGAAUGUGUGCUCCGGGGUGCGAUGGAGCUGACACGGCGUGCUGCGUUGCGGAUCUUCUGGGUGUCUUUGUCCAACAUUUCGUUUGGACAGUGUUUUGACAAGGUCUUACGGAAGACACAGGUUUGAUUAAAGUUUGCAUGUCAUUCAUUCUUCUCAUUGCAGCCUUCAGGGGCUGUUCACCUUGGCUGCACCACAUCGUGGGUCCGUUUGAGUACCUACCCGGUAGUUUAUUAAUUUUUGCCGCCAAUACUACACUAGACGGUUUUCUUCCAGUGACGUGAAUGCAGUAAACUCGCAACGUUCCACUAGACUGAGUACCUUCAGAAUCAAAUGUACAUCUCUCUCGAGCCUGAC